CUUUUGUAUUGAUUUCAUUGGAAUUUAUUUUCAUUUGACAGAAUUUUUUUUGUAAUCCAAACUUGAAAAAAAUGGUACGAAAAUUACGAUUUCAUGAGAAAAAACUUCUUCGUAAAGUCAACUUUAUACAAUGGGAACCUAACAAUCUGAAUGAAUUACGUAUGAUGCGAAAAUAUGGUGUUGAUCGUAAUGAAUAUACGAAAUAUAAUAAACUUGCAGCCGAAAUACGUCAAUUGGCCGAGAAAUUAUCAACACUUGAAACGGAUAAUGAAUUUCGUAAUGAAUGUUCAGCACAAUUGAUUGAAAAAUUAUAUUCAAUUGGAUUGAUUCAUACGAAACGAUUGAAACGAUGUAAAGAUAUUUGUGUCAGUACAUUUUGUCGUCGUCGACUUCCUGUCUAUAUGAUAAAAUCCGGAAUGUUUAACGGACCAUUAGAAGUUGCUGUUAAAUAUGUUAAACAUGGCCAUGUUAGAGUUGGACCGAAUGUCAUACAGGAUCCAGCAUUUUUGGUAACAAGAAAUCAUGAAGAUUUCAUUACAUGGACGGAUAAAUUUCGUGAUAGUAUCGAUACUUAUAAUGAUAAACACGAUGAUUAUAAAGAUUAACGAUUGAUUGAUUUGUAA